UAUUUAUUUUUAAUCUCUCCAUCUGAUGUGGGGCUUGAACUUACAACCUCGAGAUUAAGAGUUGCAUGCUCCAUUAACUGAGGCAACCAGGCACCUCUCCUGGACCCUUUUAUUUAUUUAUUUUAAAUAUUGUAUUUAUUUAUUUGAGAGAGGUAAAGCGUAAAGCACAGGGGGGUGUAGAUGGGGGAGGGGCAGAGGCAGAGAGAGUAGCAGGCUCCCCACUGAGCAGGGAGCCAGAUGUGAGACUCAAUGUGGGGUUCCCUGUGGGGCUCCAUCCCAGGACCCCGGGAUCAUGACCUGAGCCAAAGGCAGGCACUUAAGCGACUGAGCCCCCCAGGCCCACCACCUCCUGGACACUUUUAUAAAGAUGGCAGUUUUACUGGGAUAACCCCUGGUACUUUAGAGGCCGGAGCUUCUCACUGGGAGCCUGGAGAGGAGCAGAGAUGCAGGAGGCAGGCCCGGACGUCUAUUCUGUCCAGGCCUCGGCUGAGGGACACAGUCUCAUGUUGCCCUGGCCCUGGAUGGCCUGGCACUCUGUGGUCCUUGCUCUACUUGGGGCCAGUGCUGCCAGCUCAGUUGACUUACCCAGAUGAGCCGGGUGGGCAGGAGAGGGGGCAACAUCUCAAGUACGUCCUGCACUUGGCUAAGGCUGUCUGCACCCAUCUGAGAAAGAGAAUCACCAGAAAUAACCCUGGACAGGCUGCAGGUUAGCCUUGCCUGGGAGGGACACGCCAGUGGAGUCCCCACCCUGAGGGACCACCACCCACCAAGGACCUCACCUCCAAGUCAGGGUUUUCUGUGUGCCCCUUCCACGGGAGACCCUGCUGGCUUCACUUCUAGUUGAUUUGAAAACCCCAACCAAAACCAAAAAAGGAUGGGUGACCAGUGCCAGGCAUGUCUGCCCUCAGGUGUGUUUGACUUGAGGCCAGGACAGAGGUUCCCUACCAGAUUUAGGGCUGGAUUCACCCACCGAAUCCCAGUCCUCACCCUGGAGGACAUUUUCAGAAAGGUGCAUGGGUGCUGCUGGGUGCUCCAGACCCACCCUGUCCCCCAGUUAGCCUGAGGAAUGGGCUACAGUCUCAACUUUAUUUUCACAGAAAAGAUCAAAGCUGGGCUUUAGAGACAGUGCUAUCUGGCUCUUUUUGGAACGAAUCUUGGUGGAGAAUGUUUGUGUGGGCUCCUCGGGCAUCUGUUGAUACAAUUUACCCCUUGACAUAAUCGUCUCUCUGGAUAGCUGCCUUUAUUUUCAUAGAAAAGAUCAAGGCUUUCUGUGGCUCAGGAGGAGGACCCUAGGCCAGAACACCUGGUCGGCAAUGGGAUGGCCUUCUUGGCGCCACCUGCUGUCAGGUGUAGCCCACGACAGGGGAGAAUGCUGGCAAAAGGGGCAUCCAGAAAAAGGUAGCACUUUUUCAUGCUCUCCUGAAGGUGGUGGUCAAGUGGCAGCCACUGAGCUGGCACGAAUGAAAUCAUAGUACAUGGCAAUGAGCGCUAAGAGCUAAUGUGGGACACACAGGCAUGGCCUCUGAGCACAGAGCAGAGGGCAUCUCUGUGUAAGGAUGAACAGAACCUGGACAGGUGCAGUGGACAAAUGCUGAAGGAUGGGGGUGAGUGCAGGUGGAUGCUCGGUUUAGGGCAGUGGCCGAAGGAGGUACCAAGAGAAGACUGGAAGGGGAGAUGGGACCCUUGAAUGCCAGAAGAAAUGGUUUGGACUUCAUCUUGAGACUCUGGGAUCAUUUUGAAAAUUUUAAGCAGGGAAGUGAUGGAUUGGAAAAAGUGGGUGGGAGUAUUAACAUGGUCAGAUCCCCACCUGUAACAAAGUGUGGUGGGCCAGCAAUGUUCCAAGGAGUAGAGGAGAACAGAUGGGGAGUGGAGACCCUUGUGAAAGGGGUAUGUCGGUGAGUUGCUGAAUGCCUCCAAAGGCUGGAUGGGUCCACGCUGAAAUCCAUCUGUUUAACUGGGGCAAGCAGCUCUCCUUCCAGCGGCCCAGGGAGGGGGCAGGGGGUAGCUUCAGAGCGCUCAGCAGCUACACAGCCAGCCUCAGCUUGGGAGCACACUUCUUCUUUGGUCAGAGGAGAAGGUUGGGGGCAGUCUUUGAUCUUUUUCCUCCCUGCCCUCAAACCCACCCCAAGCCAGCUGUGAGCGCCCACCCUCUGCAACCCAGACACAUUUGGGAGGGGACACCACCUAAUUAUAAGACCUCAGUUUGUCCAGUGCUGUGCCCUUUUUACUUUUUUCUGCAUUUGGGGGAAUAACUUCAGAAAUGAGAGAUUCAAGUUAGAAGUUCCCCCAAGAGAGCAUCUAAUAGAGCCCCCUUCAGUUAGAAAUGGGAAGGGGAUAUUCCCAAAGUUUCACUAGGGAAUUCUAACACACAAACAUAUUGAGUGCUUUACUCCUCACAAUUCUGAGGUCGGUAUUGUUGUCCUCCUUGUUCUGUAAAUGAAGAACCCCUGGACAGUGGACAGGGAGGAUGAGUAGCAGGUCCAAGGACUCCGAGCUGGUAAGGGGAGGGGAUUGGGAGUGGACCCUGGAGUCUGAAUCCCGCAUUUCUGGUUUGGGGCGGGGAGAUUUUGCCCCUCCAUCACCAGAGGUUGCCUUCCAGGGCACAAGGGAGGUCACCAUGGUUCCCAGCCAUCUCUACUCUGGCCGGAGAUGCCUGCAGCCUCUUGGCUUGGCCCUUCCUCCCAAGGGGCCUAGCUCAGUGCUGAGCUGGCAGGAAAUGUGCUUCCUGAAACUGGGACUUCCCCAUGGAGGAUGAGGGGCCACUGGGCAUCCCUGGCCUCAGCCCGAAGAAGGAUGCUACUCAGCCACCGUGAGUCUCAGGAACUCAGGGAAGCUGCUCACCUGUCAGGCGGGCAGGAAGCGGGUGGCAGAGCUGCCCUGCUAUUCCUUCAAGCAUCAAAGGGAAAGGGGUUUCCUCUGAUAGGAAGCAGGGUGGGAGGUGGUCAUGCAGGGGUACAGAGCCCUUGUGGUGGAGAAGGCCUGACCUAGUUCUGGUCACAGGGCUACUCCAGUCAGGGCUUCAGAAGGCAGAGGGGUGGGAAGUGUGUGGCCCCCUAUGAUGGAUCCCCAUCACCAUGAGGGCUCAGGUGUAUCUGCAUGGUUGGGGGGGAGACAUAGGUGCGUGGACUGGAAGGGCGUGUGCUUGCAUGUGUGUUGGUGGGGGUGUGGGUUCUUUUGAGCCCACACAAAGCCUUGUGCUGAGACACUGCAUUCCUGCUGGCUGGGCUUCCUGUUCCAGAAGCAUUCUUGCCCCAGAGUCGCCAGGGAGACUGCUUGGAAUCUGGCCCCACAUUCUCCAGAUUCAGGGCGAGAUCUGCCAGAGGUUCCCUCCCUUUACCUCCCUAGCCUCUCACUACAGAGGAAGGAAGCCACCUGAGAGGCCAGCCCUCCAACCCUCCUACCUAGGGAGCCUUGGGGUGGGGUCGGACACUGCCUGUGGGGUUUGGUGCCACACAUCCUGUUGGGCGAGCGUAAAGCAGUUCCUGCCAGGCCCUGCAUUCUCUUUCCCUGUCUGUAUCUGGGGAAGAGGAAUGGAGUGGGGUUACUGUCUAGGGAAUAGGGUUAGGUGCGGAAAACCCAGAGGACUUAUGCCUAGCAGGGAAGGGCUUGGCCUGAAAAUCAAGGUAUUACGAGAUGGCAGGCAAUUCAGGCACUAGGCUCUCAUUCUUUCUCCAGACUUGGCUACUGGCCUCCGUUUCCCCAUCUUAUACGGUUAGAGUCUUAUAGUUUCCAACUUGCUGAUAAGGCUCCAGUGUAAGGUGUUUGGGGAAGGGUACGAAGGAGCAAGGAGCAGAAUGGGGUGGCAGACUUUCUUCCCCUCCUAGUUAACCGCCACUUCUUUCCAAGGGCUCUGGCUCCAGCCCCUCCCCCAGAGGCUCAGGUGCAAGUUUGCACGUCCACCAGCUCCCUUAUCUGCCUCCGAGGGAUUUGGGUCCUGCUGGGAUUUUUCCAGCCCUGUCACCUUACUCAAGAAGAUGAGCUUUCCGUACAGGCCAGCAGCCCCCCUGCUCACGGGGCUGUGUCACCUUGGGCAGCUGCCUGGGCUCCCAGCUUCCUUUCAGGCUGGGAGCCUUUGAGGGUGAGGAGUGGUGGAAUCCCAGGACCAAACGAGGGUUGGGGUGGGGACAGGGAAGUAUUUACACUUCCACCGCCUCCAGGCUGCUUCCUUGUCCCUCUGGCUCACUUCCCCAGAUGCUGAAGACCCCCUCCCCAGAUUUACGGUGCUCCGGGUGAGGGAGAGGUAUGGGACGAGGAGGGGAUUCAGAUCUAGCUUAGGACUCAAGGCGCUCUACAGUUGUCGGAAAGGAUUUCCAUGUGGACAGGGAUCAUUUCCCCCUUCUGUCGCGUCAGGUUUCUGAGUGGCUGAGUGACAUGCCCCAGGCACACAGCUGGGAGCGUAGGGACAACCUUGUCCCGGUCAGCGCUCUUCCCGCAGCCAGCACGUGGGGCUCCAUUUCCUUCCGCGCUACCGUCCAGUCCCCGCCGACCCUCCACCCCCAGCUCCGGCUGCAUUUCGGCGGCAGGAAGACAGACCAGCAUGUGAACCGGGAGUGAGGGGGUGUCGGGUAACCCCGCACCUCCAGUCAGACAGCGUCCUCAGGCGGAGGUCUCCGCUCCUCGGCCGGGUGUGGGAGCGCGGGGCGGCCCGGAGCCCGAAGGACAGAGGAUCCAGGCCUUCUCCCGGUUCCCCGGAACGCCCCGCGCAGCCCGGCUCCCAGCCUCCGCCCCCCGCGGCCCCUCCGGGCGCGCCCACCCCACCCCCGGCCGUCCGCACACCUGCGCGCCCCUCCUCCCCGCCCCCCGCGGGGAGGGUCCCGGGGCCGCGCCCAGCCGGGGCCGGACGCGCGUGCGAAACCUCCCGCCAGACAGCGGCGGGGGAACUCUGGCCGGGAUCGCGGGCUGGCUGCCAGCGGCCGGGGCGCCGCGUUGGGGCCGGGAGCGGAGCCAUGCUGGGCCGGCGGCGCGUCUUCGCCGUGGAGCCGCUCCGCGGCCGGGAUGGGGUUGGUGAGGACUUGGCACACGGUUGUGUAGUACCUGGAGUCAGCAGCACCUACCGACGGAUCCCAGACGUGGCUCAAGUUUGCUCACUGGACUCCUGGAAGAGGGAUGGCCAGCUGAGAGGUCCCAGGAGGCAGCAACCACUUCUCAAACUGGCUUCCAGGGACUCAGGAGUGGAGAUGGUGGUCGGGGACGGGGCCCUGACCACCUCACCGGGCCUUUCUCAGGUCUGUCUGGACUUUGAGCCUACAGGGAGCCCUGAGCCCCUGGCCUUUGCUCCCGUGGAGCCUCCUGCCCAUCUUGGCCGGCUUCUGGCCAACCGUAAGCUGGAGCAGGUGCUGGAGCGCUCCCGCCAGCUCCCUACCUCCCCGGCCAGCAUGUCACGACACUGCCGCUCACUGAAUCCUCCCUGCGAACCUGAAAGUCAAGUGCCCCCUUUUGGAGCCGGGGAACAGGAGGCCACGGAGGCGGAAACUGACCUAGAGGCAAGCCUGGAGGAAGCAGAGGUGGCAGGGGGCCUGGGGCCUGGAGCCUGGGCCUGUCUCCCAGGACAAGGGCUCCGCUACCUGGAACACCUGUGUCUCGUGCUGGAGCAGAUGGCAAGGCUCCAGCAGCUCUACUUGCAGCUGCAGACCCAGAGGCCUCCACCGGUGAGUGAGCCGCAGGGCCGGCAGGCCAGCGGGGGGCAGGAUCCUGAAGUGAAGGAAGAGGAGAUAGAGGGGGCAGCAGGGGAGUCAACCCUGGCCCCUUCACCGCCACCCUCUCGUGACCCAAGCCGUGAGGUGCAUGAACUGCUUAGCCAGACGCAGGAGACAGGGGCAGAAACAGCUGCACCCCUAAAGGCUGGGCUGCCCAGUGCCAACCCUCCCAGGCUCUUAGAGGCCGCAGCAGAACCAGCUCAGAUCUUUGCCCCCUCCCAGGGACACAAGGUCAAGGUCCUGCUCAACCGGAUCCGUUGGAGGAGCCCGAAACAUCCUGAGUCCCCUGCCCUUCCUGAUGGCCCUGCCCCUAGGAUUGAGUCAAGGGGCGUCCCUGAAAGACCUCCAUGCCAACCCCUCCGGAAGACCUUUAUGCCAUCAUUUGUGGUUAAGAAGCAACGAGCAAAAAACCUUUCUGUGUGCUGAGACCUCCUGGUGCAGGGACGUGACCCUGGGUUGGGGGGUGCGCAGUGAAGUCUUCUUCCUUGCCCUUUGCCCUGUUGCUGCUUCUGGGCACUGCCAGGAAGUGAUGCUCACCCUUCUCUCUGAGGAGAGGGCUGGAUCUUUCUCUGCUGGGCAGCCUGGCAGAGGAGCCCGAGCUCCCUGAGAGGCCCCAAGGUGCAGCAGCCCCCAGGCUCCUUUCUGGUUGCCAGAAAUCCCUGGGCCUAGUCAAUGUGAACUAACUUAUUUAUCAGGAGUCCAUGGAGUGUAUUUGGCAUGGUGAUCUACUGGGGCCUAGUGUGUCACAGAUGCAUAUUUGUGCAAAAUGAUCCAUGUAUCUCCGUGAGUCAGUCACUGCUGUGAACUGGCUGGAUCCAACCGUCUCUUCUGAAUCAUACAGCCAGAGGGUUGGUUGAUCUUCUGGGUGAUGUAACUGUAGAAGGAUGGAAGCGACCUCCAUUCCUCAGUGCGCAGUUACUGAUUUGGAGUCCUACUUUCUUUCUCGUACCUUCGUGGGUAGCCCCAGGACAGGGCGGCCUGGGGGGGACGGAUGAACUACUAUUUUGGGAGCCUCUGCAUGGAGUCUUGCCUGUGAAGCAGAGCCCCCAAAGACAACCUGGAAUGGAAGGGUCAGGGACAACACGGAGAAUAGCAGAGUAAGCUUCAAGAUCUGUCUGCAGCCGCUUUGGUCCCUAAUAACCUUUACACAUCAGAGCUGAAACCAGACACUCAUACUAGCUUUUAGACCUUGAUAAAAAUCCCUUAACUUUUCUGAGCCAUAGCUUCCUACUUAGUGUCCUGAAUGGUUUAAUGAUACCUGCCCUACCUACCUCACAGUCUUAUUAUGAAGAUAAAAUGAGAUCAAACUCUCA